AAAACCUGUGCUUUAAGACAGGAAAAUCAAUUAUAAAAUGAAGAAAAACCAACAGGCAAACAGAGAAAAUCCAAUUCUGACGGUGAAUGAGUGAGAAAAUUUGGGAAAUUAGAAAGAAAAGAAGAGAACGUUGACACUGCCGUUCAUAUCUUUUCCAUUUCUUCUUCUAUCUCUGCUUCCAAAACUCCCAUCUGAACGCGUUAAUUUUGUGCCGAAAAUUCAGAGGAUUGUCUUAAGCUAAUCUUGUUUUGCGUUUAAUUUGAUCUGGGCGGAGCAAUUUUUGGUUUUUGAUUGUAAUAAGUUUAGGGUUUUUGGAAUUUGGCGAUUUAGUGUUGAAUUAUGGGAUUGGGUGAUGCGGAUCUUCUUGACGAUGGCGAUGGAGGUGGAGGUGGAGGCAAGGGAGCGGAGGAGGCGGCGGCGGUUUCGUGCUCCAUUUGCUUGGAGGUGGUGACUGACAACGGGGAUAGAUCUUGGGCUAAGCUUCAAUGCGGCCAUCAAUUCCACCUUGAUUGCAUAGGUUCAGCAUUCAAUAUUAAGGGAGCAAUGCAGUGCCCCAACUGUCGGAAAAUUGAGAAAGGACAAUGGCUGUAUGCCAAUGGCAGUCGGCCACUACCUGAGUUCACCAUGGACGAUUGGGCCCAUGAUGAGGAUCUAUAUGAUUUAAGUUAUUCUGAAAUGUCAUUUGGAGUUCAUUGGUGUCCAUUCAGUGGAUUAACGAGGGUCCCUUCAUCUUUUGAUGAAGGAGAGUUUUCAUCAAGUGCAUAUCAUGAUCUUCUUGGACAUCAUGCCAUCUUUGCUGAACAUACGCCCGUAUCAUCCACAACUCAUCCUUGCCCGUAUGUUGCCUAUUUUGGGCCAAUUCAUCCAUCUUCUUCAGCAUCAAGUGGAAGUGUUUCGGAUGGAUCUACUUUUAAUAACCACUGGAGUGGCCCACCAGUUCCAAGUGAAGUUCCCAACUCCUAUGCCUUCCCUUCCAUGGAUGUACAUUAUCAAAGUUGGGACCAUUCUUCUCCUUUUGCUACAAGUAACCGCAUUGGUGGUGCAGAUCAACCCUCAAUUCCAGCCGUAGGUCAGAGAACAACCAGGAACAAUUCUGAUAUUCCAAGACCUGGAUUGCAUCCCUUCAUUCUUGGUCACAGUUCUGGCAGUAGAGCUCCCAGCUCAGUUGCCGCAUCAGUGCUUCCACCUUAUCCUGGUACUGUUGCUCGGCCCCGUGAUCGUGCUUCAUCACUUCAAGGAUACUUUCAGCAGUCCACUAAUAACCCAGUGGCACGUGCCCCUGUUAUAUCCACUGGACGAAGAUCCGGUAACCAUAGGGGUCUGGCACAAGUUGCUCCUAUCGCCUCAUCAUCAGAUCAGCCCAGUGGUUUUUACUUCUUCUCGUCGACUUCAUCUGGAAGAACUUUUCAAGAAGCCGAAAAUCCGCAUCGUGAUCGUUUCCAUGCUUGGGAACGGGAACACCAACCAUCCUUUCCGUUGAACCAGGUCGAUAGAGAUUCGAUUUGGGCACCAUUUCACCCACCAGCUGCCGGAGCUGAUGCUCUCAUGAGAUCCAGCAGUUUCCGCCAGAGGCAUGGAUCUGAGAGGAUGCCAUCUCAAAAUCGGUCAUAGAUAUGUUAUUCUGUUGUAAUGAGAACUUUGAGUACUAUGACUGAAAACCCCAGAUUAUAUAUGUUUGAGCAAACGAUCUAUGAUGGUGGAAUCUGCCAAGCAUGGCAGAGCUGAAACUAUUGUGGUGGCAUUGAAAUUAUCGGUUUCAUCAGCCACCAGCUUGUGUGAUGGACUUUGGCUUCCUCUUGUUUCUAUGCCCUUUGGGGGAAAUAAGAUGGCAUGUUUAUAUUAAGAGGUUUUAAUUUGCAUGUACCCCUUCCUAAGAUGUCCUUUGUUAUCGUAUUCGAUUUUUCGGUAGUGAAUCCCAGUAA